AUGACUUCUAGUCAACCUGCAGCGCCUUCUCAAACUGCUAACAACACUUCAACAGACACAACUAUGGAAGAAGCAAUGACUUCUUCUCCCACUCAUGCUCUUUCGCACAACGAAAUUGAACUUACAUCACGUGACUCACAUGAACAAGAUGUUCACACACAAACACCAAUCACUGACAAAUUGACUAAUAUGGAUGUAGAUCCCAUAGAUGCUAACACGGAUAAAGGAAAAUCACCGGAAACACAAUCAGCCACACAAACAAACACCCCUAAUCCGUUACAUAUUACGGUGCUAACAGAUAUAUUUACACAUACACCACAAGUUUCAAACAAAGUUCACAAAGGAUUUAUUCCUAGAGAUAGUUUUCAGUCAAAACUUUCUAACAACGAUAUUAUCAAUCUAAUCAAAACGUCAUUCAUUAAAGAUAGCAAUGCUUUUAGAUUUGACGUCAAUACAACGUCCACUUAUAGAUACUUUACCAUCCAUUUCAGAACACGUGACUCGCUCGACCAAUACAUAGCAAAUAGUCCUGACAACCUCAAAAACAUAAAAAUUUACGAACUCACCAAUGAGGCUAUUAAUACGUUAAUAGAACAAAAAUUCUCCAACCUAGACCAGGCUGUUAUAAAAAUUAUGGAUAUACCAUAUAAUUAUGAUACCUCCAUGCUUAUUAAGCAUCUCGCUGCAAAAACAGGCAGCAAUAUCAUAGAACACAAAGAAAUUAAAAAACCUCCAAGAAAAAUUCCUAACCGCAAUAACCGCGGUCGUCCUAUUUUCAUAAAACCAGCUUAUAAGCAACUUAUUGUCCAAUUUGACAAACAAGCAGCAUAUGAUUAUUUCAUGAAAGAAAACUAUUGGAGCCUCGAAAUAGAAAAUUUCGUAGUAAGGAUCUUACCUGGUAACACUGAAGACCCUGAAUAUAAAAUACGCACCAGUAAUUAUUUUAAGAUCACCGGACUUCCCCUUAACACCACAGCCAAGGACAUUGAACCUCUUAUCAAACACGUCUACGGACGAACUUGUACAUUUACACAAACUACCAAAUAUUCAACCAUGAAAAAUGCUUAUAUUUACGUCUCACCUAACAAUUAUCCAGUGGACGCGUCCAAUGGAGCCUCCUCACUUUUCGAAGGAUACAACCUCCACGUUCUACCAGGACACCUUUCACUAAAAACAUGUAAUAUUUGUGGAAAAAAUUACAAUCAACGAUAA